CCUUUUUCAUUUUACCGUCAAAAAAACUAUGUUCAAAAUAGUACUAGUAUACAAUUACAAAACGAUAAUUUCAAUUUGGUGGUGCCGUCAAAACUUGUUUUAACCCUGCUCCGUCGUCCCUCUUAACUCUUCUACGUGGGUUUGUCAAGUUCAAUUGUGGGAAUAUAUGUGUUUCGAAGAAAUAUUGCAAAUUUAAUCCAAAGAUUGGAUUUUUGAGCCUGAGGAGUUUUUUGGUUGAAAAGUGGGAGAUUUGGAUACAGGCACAGAGGCAUGGGUCAUCUGUAUUGACUGCGACAUUAGUGGGUUUCUUGAUCAUUCGCUGAGAGCGGGUUUCUGCAUUUUCUGAUUUAGAGAAAGAUGCACAAGGGUUGACGCUUAUUCAGCUAAUUAGUCUAACAUGAUUAACAAGAUAUUCAGUAAGAUUCCAAGGAAGCAUUCUAAAUCUGGUGGAGAACCUAGCCUCUCCUCAAGUUCUUCGACAUCUUCAAAGAAAAGUGAAGGAGGCAAUAAGAGAUUGAGUAGUGCAGUGGAUGAUGUUAUCACCGCCCAAUUUUCUGUUUUAAGUGUUGGCAACAAUGCUGAAGAUAGAUUUCUUCGAGAUAGGAACUUGAGAGGGGAUGUAAAUAUAGCUUCUGCUUCAUAUGAAGCAUUACCAAGUUUUAGGGACGUCCCAAAUUCAGAGAAGCAGCUAUUGUUCAUCAGGAAGCUGAAGAUGUGUUGUGUUGAAUUCGACUUCACUGACCCCACAAAGAACCUCAAAGAGAAAGAGAUCAAGCGGCAGACUUUGUUAGAGUCAGUUGAGUACUUGACUUCUGCUAGUGGGAAGUUCAGUGAAAAUGUAAUGCAGGAAGCUGUUAAGAUGGUGUCAUCCAACAUCUUUAGGGAAUUUACUCCUCAGCCAAGGGAGAACAAGCUCGUUGAUGGCGUUGAUUUGGAAGAGGAAGAGCCUGCAAUGGAUCCUGCCUGGUCUCAUUUGCAAGUUGUGUAUGAAUUCUUGCUAAGGUUUGUUGCUUCGCCAGAGACAGAUCCGAAAAUUGGCAAAAGAUAUGUCGAUCAUUCCUUUGUUCUGAAAUUGCUUGGCCUCUUCGACUCUGAAGAUCCUAGGGAAAGGGAGUAUUUGAAGACCAUACUACACCGCAUAUAUGGGAAAUUCAUGGUGCACCGGCCAUUCAUUAGAAAAUCAAUCAAUAACGUAUUCUACCAUUUUGUUUUCGAGACAGAAAAACACAAUGGUAUUUCUGAGUUUCUUGAAGUCCUUGGCAGCAUAAUUAACGGGUUUGCUCUGCCCCUCAAAGAGGAACAUAAACUCUUUCUUGUCAGGACAUUAAUUCCUUUGCAUAAGCCGAAAUGUUUGGGGAUGUAUCAUCAGCAGUUAUCGUACUGCAUUACACAAUUUGUGGAGAAAGACUGCAAGCUUGCUGAUAUUAUUAUCAGGGGACUGAUAAAAUACUGUCCAGUUACAAACAGCUCGAAGGAAGUUCUGUUUCUUAAUGAACUCGAGGAGGUCUUGGACGCAACACAGGCACCAGAAUUCCAGCGCUGCAUGGUGCCGUUGUUUCAUCAAAUUUCACGGAGCUUGAAUAGUUUGCACUUUCAGGUGGCAGAGAGGGCUUUAUUUUUGUGGAACAACGAUCACGUUGAGAACCUGAUAAAGCAAAACCGCAAGGUUAUACUGCCCAUCAUCUUCCCUGCUCUAGAGAAGAACGCUAGGCAUCACUGGAAUCAGGCUGUCCAUAGUCUAACCUUGAACGUCCGCAAGUUCUUCUAUGAUCUCGACGCUGAGCUAUUCAAGGCCUGCCAGAACAAGUUCCAAGUUGACGAAGCAAAGGAGGAUGACAUGAGAGAGAGACGCGAAACUACAUGGAAACGCUUGGAACAAGUGGCUGCAAAUAACGAAGCUAUUCUUGUUCCUUGAACCGGCCAGUUGCUUUGUUCAACAAGCAUUUUGUUUCUCAAGAUUUGUUCUCACAUUUCAUUCCUUGUACUAAUAUUUUUUCACAAUUUCUAUAUAUUAUUUUUCUUUA